UAACAACAAUACCACUUCUGAAAAUAAAAUGGUGUCUAAGGUCCUGUGCUUAGCCGCUCUGGUGGCCGUAGUGGCCGCUCAGUCAGACCACGGCCACGGCCACCACCACGGCUACUCCUCGCAGCACAUCUCACGCCACGACGGCAAACCAGAAAAAGUCUCUGUUCAUUUACACGGACAUGAACACGGGCACGGUCAUGAACAUCACUAUGAUUACUACGCCCACCCUAAGUACGAGUUCGAGUACAAAGUAACAGACCACCACACCGGUGACCACAAGACCCAGCACGAGCACCGCGAUGGUGACGACGUGAAGGGCUUCUACUCCCUGCACGAGCCUGACGGUUCCGAAAGACACGUCGACUACCACAGCGACAAGCACACCGGAUUCCACGCUACUGUGAAGCACAGCACCCACCAUCUUGUACCUGAAAAGCACCACCACCAUCACCACCUGUAUCAGUUUACCUUUGGGUUCGACAACAAUAACACAACAAAAAUGUGCUCUAAGGUGCUGUGCCUUGCUGCUCUGGUGGCUGUAGUGGCCGCUCAAUCUGACCACGGCCACGGCCACCACCACGGCUACUCCUCGCAGCACAUCUCGCGCCACGACGGCAAACCAGAAAAAGUCACUGUUCACGUAAAAGACAAACACGGACACGGUCAUGAAAUUCACGAUUACUACGCCCACCCUAAGUACGAGUUCGAGUAUAAAGUGGAGGACAAGCACACUGGUGACCACAAGACUCAGCAUGAGCACCGCGAAGGGGACGACGUGAAGGGCUUCUACUCGCUGCACGAGCCUGAUGGUUCCGAAAGACACGUCGACUACCACAGCGACAAGCACACUGGCUUCCACGCUACUGUAAAGCACAGCACUCACCACCUUGUUCCUGAGCAUCACCAUCAUCACCACUGAGCCGUACCCAC